UUUCCAUAAGGAAAAGUCUAGGGGGCCAGCAAUUUUAUUGCAUUUUGGCCAGCAUGUAACCAGCAGAGAAAGGUAAACCAUUGGAUGAAAUCUCACACUAAUCUCACACCAUCAAAUCAUCAUUAAUGGCUAGUUGAUGGCUACCAAUCACAAAUGUUGCUGCCCCUAACAUUGCUCUUUCCAUAAUAAUGACUAUUCAAUGAUUAUGGGAAAAAGCUCUUUUGGACAAUAGUAUCUCACGCAAAAGAAUUUGACUAAAUUCAUCUUCUGAGUGUGACAUAUAAAACUAUUUUCGUUGACCUUGUGAAAUAUGAAACUAAAAGUUACAUAUGCAGAUAUACACAUGUCAGAAAAGGAAACCAUUUAAUUCCUAAUGAUUUUGUGGACAAAAUCCAUCAACUCAAUCUAUAUAUAUAUAAUUAACAAAGAGGAGAAGCUGCAUGACAAGAUUUAAGAUCUGAUCUUGUAAGAUCGAUGGCUAAUAACAAGAGCUUGUCAUACCUUGUGGCAUGGCUUGUCAUAAUGUUUUUGGUUGCGCCAAGUACAGCAUCCAUGGAAGAAACAGUGAAACUGCGAGUAGGGGUGCCCAAGAAAGAAGGCUUCCCGGAAUUUGUGAACGUAAUAUUGGACGAAGAUGAGCACAAGUACAAUGUCACUGGAUAUUGCAUGGAUGUUUUCAAUGCCGUAUUAACAAUCUUACCUUUCAAAGUUUCACUACAAAUUGAAGCUUACGACGUUAAUGAAUCAACUGGAACAUACGAUGCACUAGUACAACAAAUCCCCCAAAAGUAUGAUGUUAUGGUAGGGGAUAUCACAAUACUAGCGAAGCGUUCGAAGUUUGUUGAUUUCACGUUGCCAUAUACAGAAUCAGGAGUUCAAAUGGUUGUAGCAGCAAGGCAGGGAAGGGAGCAAAGCAUGUGGACUUUUGUGAAACCCUUCAGCUGGGAUCUUUGGUUAAGCAUAGUUGUCAUGUCUAUGUUCAUAGGUUCUGUCAUACUCAUCAUGGAAAGGAACAAGCAGGAGGUAGCCAAUUCGCAACAACUAAGCCCAAUCUACUUCUUAUGGUUUCCAAUUUCUCAAGCCGUUCUUCCUGAAAGAGAGGGAGUAGCGAAGAAGUGCUCGAGGUUUGUGUUGAUGGUGUGGCUUCUAUUGGCGUUUGUGCUGAUGCAAAGCUACACGGCGAGCUUGACGACCAUGAUGACGGUGGAGCAGCUUCAACCGAGUUUUCUGAACGUGGAUGAUCUACGCACAGGGGAUUACUAUGUUGGAUACCAAACUGGAUCAUUCGUUUAUGAUCUCUUGCUACACAAGUUGAAAUUCAACGCUUCCAAGCUCAAGGCUAUUGGCAGCAUUUCUCAAUAUCACCAAGCUUUGAAGAAUGGAAGCCGUGGCGGUGGCGUUUCCGCUAUAGUCGAUGAACUUCCCUACCUUAAACUCUUCCUUCAAAAAUAUGGAUCUAAUUACAUGAUCUCAGGUCCAACCUAUCGAGCUGCUGGCUUUGGUUUUGCAUUUGCAAGAAACUCUAAUCUUACAACUGCAUUUUCAAGAGGGAUUCUGGAAGUGAGUGAGAGUGACAAAAUGGAUAAUAUCAAGGCAAAAUAUUUUGGCAAGAUUAUGAAUAAUGGAUGGCAAUACCAAUCUGAUUCUUCAACAACGUCGUCGUCCUCGUCGUCUUCUCCGAGCAGUCUCACGUUUCAUAGCUUUUCAGGGCUGUUCCUCAUAACUGGAAUUGCUACUUUGUUGGCACUAUUUGUCUCCGAGACAGUGAUUUGGCGAACACCAAUUUCCAUGGCCAAAGCAUAUAGUCGCAGAUAUUUGUUCUGCACUAGCUCUACUUCUGCGCAAACUCAUCCAACAACCGAUGAUGAUUCUAUUGGAAAAUAAAAGAACAAGGCACACACAGGAAGAAUAUAAAAUAAAGAGGAAUAUAUGUAUUGAAUGUAUUUGUGUGUUGUUAUUUUAAAAUGAUUAUUACAUACGUAUUUAUACAUUUCUUUGACACUUAAAUUUAAUACAUUCUA